AUGAAAUCACCUGAGAUAACCGGUAACGACCAACUGGUGAUCGAUCGAUUUUCAAUCUGCGAAGCAGGAUACUCUGUGUCUAAUACCACCUCUAUUAAAAUAGAAAAUUCUAACGAUACUCCGGCAUCUAAUAUAUUUGAUAAUACUUCAAAUUCUAAAGAAUUAGAGACCUCUACAUCUCCUAUCCCUGCGGAAACUAUAUCACUGGAAGAGAAAGAAGAAAAUGAAUUUCUGGAUUCGACGUAUAGGGAACAGGUUAGUAAAGAGAUAAUUCAGAGCAUUAGGGAGAAGAAACUUCAGGGUCAAGAGAAAAUCAUAACUUCCCAGGAUACUAAAUCUUCUUUGAGUGUAAAAGGCGAACAGGGGUUGAUCCAAGAAUUAUUUACUCUAGAGCCGUCUCUUCAAGAAUCGCAAAUAAUUCAAAAUCAUGUGAGUGAAAUUUCAGAGACCAGCGGUUCCGGAGAAUCUAACAUUGACGAAGCAUGGCAACAUCUAGCUCAAUUAU